CUCCGUUCUUGAUCAUUUCAUUCAUGUGUUCAUCCUACACGGUGCCUGACUAGUAACUCAUUGCCUGAUCUGCACUGGCCACUCGGCGCUCAGCUGCUAGUGCCAACCGCCUGGAUUCGAAAUGCACGGCGACUUUACCAUGUCUAAUACGACAGCAGGCGACCUCGGGAAGCUCACGGUCCCUCAGCUCAAAGCAUUAUGCAAAGAACGCCGCAUUGUCGGGUAUUCGAAACUCGGGAAAGCUGCUCUGGUCCAGAAAUUAACCAAUAAUAAUGCUGCCCGUGGUGGCCCUCAGCCUCAGCCUGUGAUUUCGAUCCAACCAGUAUCGAAAACAACAGUACCAGAACACACAGGCAACUCAGUCGGCCUAGCUCCUUCACGUUCCACUGGAGUUACUGCUCUCAAUCAUACACGGAAUACACAGACAGCAGACAAGGACCUUACCGCUACAUCCGCAGAACAAUCUGCCCUAUGCAAAACACUGCCGGUGUCCUGUCCGGUGGAUCACUCAGCUGCCGAUCAUCAUGCAUCACCAACGGCUGUCGCUGCAUUAAGCCCUGACGCUCCCAACGAGAGCCGGAGCGCGAAACGGCCCCGUGUCUCUGCUAUGUUUGGGUCCGCAAAAAGACAAAAGCCCUCUCCUGUGAAUGCUGCAUCUAUCUGUGAUGUUACCUCCUCUUCAAAUUCCACGGAGUCACCCACGGCUACUGGACCCCUCGAUGCACGUGCUGGUCUGACUUUUGUCACUGAAUCCCCGCCGGCGGUUGGUCAUCUUCCACAUGGCUCUAACGCUAGCGCUUCAUCAAAUGCAUUACCUAUCAUCGCUCAGCCUCGAAAUAUCAACCUCGUCCAGAAAGGGUCUACAACAAAACUUCAAGGUCGAUUCAAACCUCUCGUUUUCACAACAACUCCAAUUGUUGCUGGUAUAUCAGUCACCUCCCGGCGAGUCUCCUACAACGACCACCAAGCCGACGAAAUUACCUCUACAUUCUCAGAUACUUUUAGCCUUGAUGCCGCCCCCAUUUCGAUAACAUCCUUAAUGAAUAUUACACUCCCGCCUAAGCUAUCCGACAGAAAACGGGUUCAAAGCUGGGCAGUAAUCCUCGCUAGACUCACUGAUCAAGAUCGCCAGACUUGCACUCUGGUUUCUCGGACAUUUCGAUAUGCAGUAUACCUUUCUGCCGCGCAUAUACUCACUCAGAAGUAUCGUGGUCGCCGUCUAAACCAAAUAGUGAAGCACCAUCCACAAAACACGACGAAUAUGUGGCCCUACUUGCGUCAGCGUCAGAACGAAGUCGCUUUCUGGAAACAUGCGUUCCAAAAUUCUUGGGUCGGAAAGUACCAUUCUUCGCUUGGAAUAGGCCCUCUAUCUGCACGUCUCUGGGCGAGUGCAGAUGACGAGAAGCAGGUAGUCGUAGCGCUGAGAUCCAUCGGCAUGGCUAAACAUACUGUGGAAGAUGCCCAGGAAGUUGUAAAAGGUGAGAUCUGGGUCAUCACGAUUCGAGACGGAAAUUCGUUAUCCGAGUUCUACGUACUGGAAUCCACUUGCGAAGUCAUCGGCCGGGCACUCAACGCUCCCCAUCUUGAAGUCUACUCCUCUGGUUUGCGAGCCGACUGGUCAAGAUACAUAUCGUGUCAUACUGGUGUUUCUGCUGGGCCACGUAGCUUAAUCUCAGAAAACCUUCGCCGCAUCUCUAGUGAAGGCGAUGUCGGUUUAUCGAAAAAGGUGGUCGCUGAGCGAUAUGUCCUGGCGUGUGUGGUUGCCAAUAGCAUCAGUGGCCAGUGGAUGUCAUCUAGCCAGAUGGCGCAAGAAUUUGCAGGUCUGCCGUCUCAAGGGACCCUGGUAGCUAUCAGAGGCAGAGCACCGAAGUUAAACUUUUACCUUCCAGCCCACCAUCAUGUUGAGAGCGUUCACUUCACCGCACCAAAAGGUGUACCAUUGCACCCGGCUCUUGCCGUCAUCCAGACCCCAGCAAGAGAGUAUAUUAUCUUGAAGGACAAUGGAAUGCAAGUCGGAUGCGAAGAAGACGGUGUUGCAAACGUGUGGAUGCACGUCCUUGGAUGCGACAAAAAUGGUAUAGUAGUUGUACGUUCCAAAUGAAUCAUGAUGCAGUCUUGAAAUAAUACCCGGUCAUGGAGGAUCUAAGUGACAAUGGUCAUUUUAUUUCUUUCAAGUAUACAGAUAUCGCGCCUCGGCAGAUCAUAUUUGUGUAACGAAGCAGUCAAAAAUCCCUAGCAUGUCGAAC